CGGAGCCUCUCAGACACCUGGACCAUGGACCCUGGGGAAUGCACCUGCAUGUCUGGAGGAAUCUGCAUCUGCGGAGACAACUGCAAAUGCACAACCUGCAGCUGUAAAACAUGUCAAAAAAGCUGCUGUCCUUGCUGCCCACCGGGCUGCACCAAGUGUGCCCAGGGCUGCAUCUGCAAAGGGGCCUCGGACAAGUGCAGCUGCUGCCCCUGAAAUGCAUCCACCGUGCUGGGGACAAGGCCUGGGAAGCAUCUGUACAGUGCAUUAGU